AUGUCAAACAUUGCAAGAAAAAGUUCAAGUAGUGCAGGUCAAUUCGUUGCUGCAGGACAAGUCAAAAUAUAUAAAAUGGCAUCGUCAAAUGUCAUUAGACAUUCAUCAUCAAAUUCUACCUCAUCAGAAUUGAAUAAAAUCAGCAAAAAUAUCACUCAACCAAAAUCUCAAGGAGCAUCUCAAGCAAUGUUAUAUGGGACUGGUUUGACAACUGAAGAUAUGGAUAAAGCUCAAGUUGAUCUGGCCAAGAAAGUUAAAGAAGGUGUCAAAAAGGCAGGAAUGAUUGGCUACAGAUUUAAUACUGUUGGUGUAAGCGAUGGUAUUAGCAUGGGAACAAGAGGUAUGAGCUAUUCAUUACCUAGUAGAGAUUUGAUUGCUGAUUCAAUUGAAACUGUAAUGGGUGGUCAAUGGUAUGAUGCCAAUAUAUCAUUGCCAGGAUGUGACAAAAAUAUGCCAGGUUGUUUAAUGGCAAUGGGUAGGAUUAAUAGGCCUUCGUUAAUGGUUUAUGGUGGAACAAUCAAACCAGGCCAAAGUACUUGUGGAUUGGGUAAAUUGGAUAUCGUAUCAGCAUUUCAAGCAUAUGGCAGUUAUAUUUCUGGCAAGAUUACUGAAGAAGAAAGAUUUGACAUUAUAAGAAAUUCUUGUCCUGGUCCUGGUGCAUGUGGUGGAAUGUAUACUGCAAAUACAAUGGCAUCAGCAAUAGAAGCGAUGGGAAUGACUUUACCUUAUUCAUCAUCGAUACCUGCAGAAUAUCCUGAAAAAAAAGAAGAAUGUUUGUCAGCAGGAGAAGCAAUUCGUAACUUGUUGGAAAAAGAUAUAAAACCAUCUGAUAUCAUGACAAAAAAAUCCUUUGAAAAUGCUAUUGUGCUAACGAUGAUACUUGGUGGCUCUACAAAUGCUGUUCUACAUUUGAUUGCUAUUGCUAGAACUGUUGGUGUUGAAUUGACAUUGGACGAUUUUCAAAAAAUUAACUUGCAUAAAAUUGGUGGCAUACCAGCUGUUUUAAAAUACCUUUUAGAUAAUAAUAAAAUUCACGGAGAUGUGUUAACAGUGACUGGAAAAACUUUAGCAGAAAACUUAUCAUCAAUUGCACCACUUUCAUUUGACAAUCAAAAUAUAAUAAAUCCAUUGGAUAAGCCAAUCAAAUCAACAGGUCAUAUACAUAUUCUUAAAGGUAAUUUGGCACCUGAAGGUUCUGUGGCAAAGAUUACCGGUAAAGAAGGUUUGAUAUUUAAAGGCAAAGCAAAAGUUUUUGAUGGUGAAGAAGAUAUGUUAAAAGCAUUGGAAAAAAAUGAAAUUAAGAAAGGUCAUGUCAUAAUUAUAAGGUAUGAAGGUCCUAAAGGAGGUCCUGGAAUGCCUGAAAUGUUGACUCCAACUAGUGCUAUUAUGGGUGCAGGACUUGGUAACGAUGUUGCAUUAUUAACAGAUGGAAGAUUUUCAGGUGGCAGUCAUGGAUUUAUAAUAGGGCAUAUUACACCUGAAGCACAAUUGGGUGGUCCAAUAGCAUUAGUGAAAGAUGGUGAUGAAAUUGUUAUAAAUGCAGAGAAUAAAUCUAUUGAUGUUGAUGUUAGUGAUAAUGAGCUUGAAGAGAGACGUAGAACAUGGAAAACCCCUCCUUACAAAUUUACUAAAGGAACUUUAUACAAAUACAUCAAAAAUGUUAAAUCAGCUACUGAAGGCUGUGUUACUGAUGAAUAA